UUUCCUCCUCGUUCAUGGCCUGAAUAAGGAUCAGGUUAUAUCGGACUGAUUUUGUGAGAUGGGAAUAUUAAACAUUACUGAACAGACCCUGCUAGUCCAGGCCAUAUUCUGCCGAAAUAUAGAAGAGGUGAAGCUGUUAUUGCACAAAAACGAAGAUGUUAAUGAACUGGACCAAGAAUGUCGCUCCCCUUUGCAUGCCGCUGCGUUUUUGGGCGACGUCCGCAUCAUGGACCUCCUUAUCAAAUCAGGUGCUAAUGUUAACGCUAAGGACCAAGCUGGACUAACCCCUCUGCACCGGGCCGCCACCUCCAGGAAUGACAAGGCAGUGGGGUUGCUGCUGAGUCAGGGGUCGGAGGUUGAAGCCAGGGCACGGUUGGGGCAGAUGCCGCUGCAUGUGGCCGCCUCGAAUUGGGCGCUGAGAUGCGCCGCGUCUCUGCUGCCUCUCAUGAGGGACGUGGACGUUACAGAUCAGAAUGGAAGAACAGCUCUGCACCAUGCGGCCUACAUCGGUGACUCCGAGAUGGUGACCCUCCUCCUGAACAAAGGGGCGAACCCAAACGCGAGGGACAGUAAGCAGCGGGAGCCUUUGCACUGGGCAGCCUACCUCGGGCAUUUGGAGGUGGUGAAGCUCCUGGUGUCUCGCCGUGCUGAUGUGGGGUGCAGAGAUGAGCAGGGUUACACUCCUCUGCACGUAGCUGCUAUCGGUGGGCACAUCGGCGUUGCCAAGCACCUGCUCCGCCUCGGCGCCGAGAUCGACGAGGCCAACGCGUUUGGAAACACGGCCCUGCACAUGGCGUGUCACAACGGGCAGGAAGCGGUGGCGAACGAGCUGGUGAACCGAGGUGCCAACGUGAACCAGGCCAACGCGAAAGGCUUCACGCCACUUCACCUGGCGGCUGUGUCCACCAACGGCGCCCUGUGUCUCGAGCUGCUGGUCAACAACGGCGCGGACGUCAACAUGCAGACGAAAGAGGGUAAGAGCCCAUUGCACAUGGCCGCCAUUCAUGGGCGCUUCACUCGUUCCCAGAUCCUUAUCCAGAAUGGUGGGGAGAUCGACUGUGCUGAUAAAUAUGGUAACACUCCUCUUCACAUUGCUGCUAAGCACGGCCACGAACUGCUCAUCAGUACGCUGAUGACUAACGGUGCUGAUACGGCCAGUCACGGGAUUCAUGGGAUGUUUCCUUUGCAUCUGGCGGUGCUCUACGGGUUUUCAGACUGUUGUCGAAAGUUACUCUCCUCAGGUCAGCUGUACAGUAUUGUUUCAUCUUUAAGUAAUAAUCACGUUCUAUCUGCUGGGUUCGAUAUAAACACCCCCGACAGUUUGGGCAGGACCUGCCUACACGCUGCUGCCUCAGGAGGGAAUGUGGAGUGUCUGAACUUGCUGCUGAGCAGUGGUGCUGACUUGACGAAAAAGGAUGAACUGGAAAGAGCUCCUCUGCACUACGCAGCAGCGAACGGUACCUACCAGUGCACCGUAGCUUUAGUGAGCGCUGGAGCCGAGGUGAAUGAACUCGAUGUGAACGGAUGCAGUCCCCUGCACUACGCUGCUGCUUCACACACCUUCCGAAGGCUGGACGCUGAUCACCUCCAGAGCGAUAUGAGAGAUAAAGAAGCUCUGCUGUGCGUGGAGUAUUUGCUGGACAACGGAGCCGAUCCAGGUCUGCGUGACGCUGAAGGAUUCAGUCCCGUUCACUAUGCAGCCGCCUACGGCAACAAACACAACCUGGAGCUGCUCCUGGAAAUGUCCUUCAACUGUUUAGGGGAUGUGGAGAGCAGUUAUCCUGUCAGUCCUCUGCACUUAGCUGUGUGUAACGGUCAGUGUGAGGCGGUGCAGCUCCUCUGCGAGACGAUGGUCAGCGUGGACGUUCGGGACGGCGCCGGACGCUCUCCUCUGUAUCUGGCUGCUCUGAAGGACGACGAAUCCUGCGUGGAGGUUCUCCUGAACUACGGAGCCUCGUGCUGCGUCAGAGAACACACAGCCAAAUGGACUCCGCUGCACAUAGCGGCUGCUGCAGGCCGCACCGAGUGCUUGUUCACGCUGCUGAGCCGAGCGCACGAAGCCGAUCUCACCGACCUCGUCGACGCACAGGGGCGGACUGCGCUGAUGCUGGCUGCUCUGGGCGGCCAUGCCGACUGCGUGCACAUGCUACUGGAGAGAGGAAACAACCCCGACCUGGGGGACAAACGCAGCCACACUGCACUACACCGAGCGGUGGCGUUAGGCGACGUGGAGUGUGUGUCGGCGAUGUUGGAUCACUCCGCUUCAGCCCUGUGCAGAGACGUCCGGGGCAGGAGCUCUCUGCACUUCGCUGCCUCGCGUGGUCACGUCGAGGUGCUGCGACUCCUCGUGCAUGCGGCCGCUCAGCUGGACCCUCUGGAUUCUUUACUGGACUACAGUGGGUACACACCCACUCACUGGGCUGCCUACAACGGGCACAAGGACUGUUUGAAGAUUUUACUUGAACAUAAACCAAGUUUGCACGAGGCAAAUCCCUUCACUCCCCUGCACUGUGCACUAUUAAAAGGCCACGAUGCCGCUGCCGAGCUGCUGCUGGAAACUACGGGCACCGAACUCAUUAACCUCCGAGACGCCAAAGGAAGGACUCCGCUGCACGCGGCCGCUCACUCGGAGAAAGAGUCUGGACUGCGACUGGCUCUAUCCUGGGGGUCGGAGGUCAACUCGGUGGAUGAGCUAGGACGUUCGGCGCUGAUGGUGGCCGCUGAGAACGGACAGACUUCUGCUGUCGAGAUGCUUCUGCACCAGGCUAAAGCUGACCUGUCACUGCUGGACAUCAACAACAACACAGCACUUCACCUGGCCUGCAGCAGAAGUCAUGAGAUGUGUGCGCUGCUGAUUCUGGCUGAGAUCGACGACCCGUCCCUUAUCAACGCAACCAACAGUGCACUACAGAUGCCUCUACACAUCGCAGCUCGUAACGGUCUGGCCACGGUGGUGGAGGUGCUGCUGAGUCGAGGUGCUACAGUACUGGCUGUAGAUGAAGAAGGUCACACCCCGGCGUUGGCGUGCGCCCCGAACAAAGACGUGGCCGAGUGCCUGGCACUGAUCCUGUCUACCAUGAAGCCUUUUCCUCCCAAAGACGCCACCUCUGCUGCCAACUGCGGCAUCAGCGUGUUAAAGCACUGCAGCGUUGCUGCCAACCAUCAGCCUUUACCCAACGGCUACUCCAAGGAGCGCCAUGCUACCGUAGGGCUCGACAGCUGUCUUACCGAGUGAGCCACACACACACACACACACACACACACUAUCACAUCUGUACCACACAGCCAUGUUUAUAAGGGCAGGAAUGUCCAGCUACUAUUGCGGGUGAACACGCUGAUGCUGAAGCGUCCUGUCGUUUUUCAUUCUUUACAAACGUUUACGAUUUCUACGUCUGCAUGAACGACGGGAGCUGCCAUACAGAUGAUACAGAUGUGCUUAUGAAGGUGUUUCUCAGCGGAUUUGUCUGCACAUGGAACUGUUUUUAUUGUCUUAAUUUUUGUGUUUUUUAAAUCCAGACUAAGUUCAUUUCAGCAGGAAUGCAUUUACUCCACAGAAAUAAAACGGUUGCCGGCACAUUACUGCGAAUGUACGACGUUAGUGCUGUGAAGUGGCGAUUAUCUCUGGCAAUAACAAAAAGCUCGUUAUACUAUAAAGUUUCUUCACUAAUAGCUCAUUGUUUCUUCAAGUAAACCCCAUUUGUGGAGCUAGACCAGUUAAAAAUAUUCGAAUGACAGCCAACAGCCAUCAUUUCUCCCAAUCUGAUCAUUGCCAGUUUGUCUAUGGCGAUUUUUUCCUGCUUGCACCAAUCACACAGGUCAAGGAGAGCUAAGACUAUGAGCCUGCAAUGAAGCCCAGACGACCUCCCUCUUUCAGGUACAGCCAGUCGUGCCUGUUUGGACGCCCGGCCAGACAAACAUUGUUCAGUGCUCGGCUUGAUCGGUGCGGUAAAACCUCACCAGCGUGUGAAUCUGAUCUGAAUCUGCAUCAGUGUGGAAUAAGCGUCAGAUCCAUGGUUACAGCUCCACGUGUAUCUGUGUUUAUCUGGAUUCUCCUCCCUGUUUCACUUUUAAACUUGUGUUACAGCUCCAGCUUC